CCAUUUGAAAUGAAGAGAAGAAGAAAAAACCCACUCUCUCGGGCUCGCACAGGCGCCUUGCUUUCACUGUAACCGGUAGUCGUUAAAGUGCGUUCCGGACCAUCCUCAUGAUGGAGACGGAUAGUUGUUUGUCUUUCUCUUCGCAGCCAAACCGGACACCACCAGAGAACUCACCGGGUUUGGAACAGCAUAGUUCCUCGGGUUCGUUUCUUCCCUGUGACGAACUUCAGAAAAACGUACACCUUCCUCUCGCGCACCGCCUGAGUCUCCGGGGUCAGGGUGACUUCUACAGCUCGAGCUCCAUGGGACGAUUUAAUGACGGCGCACCCGCGGACUUUACGCACGGGGCAGCUCCCACGAACCCUCGCGCCUCGCCCAACAAACAUAGCAAAUAUAUGGAAAAUAUGAAUCAGAAUCAAAAUGGUUUAUCAAUAAGCGGGAAGGGCUCGUUUUAUGAAAACAACUCCGAGGCCAGAGAGAAGGUGGGUCCCAAGCCCAUGGGCUACCCAGUGAUUGGUUCAGACUUCUGCAUCAAGCUGAAGGAGCCAACCAAUGGUCUCCAAACAGGGGACUCAAUCGCAGACUCCAUCGACCUAUCGGGCAAGAACAAGAAGCGUCGUAACCGUACCACGUUCAGUACCUUUCAGUUGGAGGAGCUGGAGAAAGUGUUUCAGAAGACUCACUACCCUGACGUUUACGCCCGGGAACAGCUGGCCCUUAGGACCGAACUGACAGAGGCCCGUGUACAGGUGUGGUUCCAGAACCGCCGGGCCAAGUGGAGGAAGAGGGAACGCUAUGGGAAGAUCCAGGAGGUGCGAAACCACUUUGCUGCUACAUACAAUAUCUCCACCUACCAGAUGCAGAGCAACCUGUGGCCAGGAGCUGGUGCAGGAGGGGGCGGGGGGUCCGGCGGGGGCUGUGUCCUGAGCCCUGACACCAUGUCUUCCUCUUGUAUGAGUCCCUACCCCCAUCCCCACAGCAACCUCUCCUCCAUGGGCUUCAUGGGCAUGCCCCCGUCCUCCAGCCACCCCCACCACCCUCACCAUCACCCCCCACACCACCCUGGCAUCAAUAGCCUCUACUCUCUCCACAGCUUCCCUGGGGCCCUCGGGGGCCACUCCUUUGAGCCAGGGCCCGAGACAGAGUAUAAGCCAUCCAGCCUGUUGGCCCUGCGGAUGAAGGCUAAGGACCCUGGGAGUCUUCUAUCCUGGCCUACAUGAUCACCACAGUGUCAGGGCCCUACUAUGUACUGACUGAGCCAAUGUACACACACACAUUCAAACUCAAUCUUGUAUACUAGCUACGCCAUGGAUAGUUAUGGCCACAUGUGUUUGUGUUACUGCAUGUUGAUAACAGCAGAAGUCUAAACUCUCUCCUGUGGUUCACUAUAAUAUGUAUACACACACUCUGCUAUUUUUCUCCCGAAAACAUAAACCCACAGAUUUCAAAACAUGACAUGAUCAACCUUUGAGUUUGUUAGGUAUUUUGUCCCCUGGGCAUUUCCAUGUAAAAAGGACCAACAUAUAAAGUGAAUACGAACAGGUAAAACUGGGUGUCAAAUGAAAACUAAGAGUCUAUAUUUUUGUGGAAAUGAAUGCAUAGAAACCAUUUUCCAUCUUGAACAUUUGUCAUAAAGUAAAAGGCUUUGAUUUCUGGUCAAACAGAUGGAUAAAGGGGGUCUUAGAAAACAUCUACCAGAAAAAAAGUUUUAAAGGUAUCAGAAAUACAUCAAAACACAAUAAUAUUGUAGUAUAAAGACCCCUGCCAACUAAAAUCAACACUUACUUUUAUUUUUGGUUAAAUGUACCAUCUGUAAGUAUAAUAAAUAUUUCCUUUGUAAUUGUGAUUUGUCAUUCCGUUACCAAACAGCCA